AUGAAGUCCCCAAUCUACCUCCUAACCGCACUGCUCCCCCUGACCCUGGCCCUGCCCUCCGCCGAAGAAGCCGACGUCGACUCCGACGACAUCGACGUCCACCUCGCGGCCAGAAAGUCAUGCAAGUCCAGCAAGCAAAUCAACUACUACCAAUGGCCUGUAGUCCAGACCGGAAGCUAUCAGGCACAGACCAACGUCGAUUACCGGUGCAAGUGGAAAAACGGCGACUGGUAUAAGACGGGCAAGGGCUGGUGGGUUAGCGGAAGUAAUGUUCCCAGUGGUUGCAAGAGCGGCUUGCCUACCUGCAGCGUCUGA